AGCAGUUAGAGUUAAAAAGAUAAAUUAUGUCUCCAAUGUUAUCUUGCAGUAUUGGCGAACAUUAAGCCACGGAGCGGGCACACCGGUGGAUGCCAACAAGGGCGUGCAAGGUGACGGACAUACGCCGCAUACCUUCGGUGUCACAACCGAGCAAACAGAUUCAUCGAUCGCUCAAGUCAGCUCCAGCAUGAGCCCUACUGUGCUCGCAGAGGGGACUCCUGACCUCAGUCUGCAGCAACCAAUGAUGCCAACUGCUGUGGUCCGCGACCUACGACCACCCACUCGGCCGUACCAGCUAGUCCCUACUCUAUUGCAGCGGCCCACGGGGACUCCUGCGUUGUACACGCCUUGGACGCCAACACGUGUGCUUCAGCGCCGGAAGCAUAUCAGAAAGCGCAUGGGUUUUCUCAUGCAAAUCUUGGAGCGGGAGCAGACUGAGCGAAUACGGCGAGCACGGCCGCUGCCGGAUUUCCGAGCCGGGGACAUCUUAGAGGUCCGCAUGAUGCUCCCAGAGGCGGAGCGCAAGGUUACGAUUUACCGCGGCGUCUGCAUUGCCCGUUACCACAAGGGCAUUCGAAGCUCCUUCAAGAUCUAUAACGUCUACCCGGAGUGCGGUGGCGUGGUGCAGCACAUCCCGCUCUACAUGCCUGACUUGAUGGGGAUUAAAGUCGUGGGCCGCAUUCCGGCGUCGCAGGAGCGGCUGUUCUAUCUGCUGGACCGGGAAACCAGCGACUACACGUUCCAGACGGGUGUCUCGGCGGCAAAUUGA